AGCCAAUCCCCUUCCCCUCAAAAGUCCCUUGCAUUGCGCCGCAAGGGACAAUAGAGUUGGCCGGUUUGCGCCUUGCGGGUCUUCCAAGGCCCAGUGCUCCCCACUCUUAGAAUUCUGGACCGACUGUCGGCUCAAGAUCCAGAGCGUGGUUUCUAAGAGGACCCUUUCGUGUGAGUACUACUUCAACGAGGUGCCAUGAUUAGCAAUUAGAACGACGAACCCAGGCUAUUCAGUUCGAAGAGAGCACUGGCAGAUAACCCCCUCCCCCCCAUCGCCCUUCAGAGGUGGUCGUUCUAGUCAUCGUCGUUUAAAUCCCUUUACUGGAAGAACAGAAAGGGUCUUACCUGUCUGACUCGUGAAAGCAGUUGUAGUUUCCAUCAGCAGUAGUCGUAGUUCGGAGUCCCCGGUAAUUCAGCAUCGACACCAUCAUCAUGAUGACGAUGUCGAAUUCCUCGCUUCUCUCUUGCCAGCACGAUCUGGCUUUAGGCUCGCGCCGCACCUUUCUGGCUUCUCGAAAACUCGGUUUAUCCGCACUGGGACACGGGAGCUCGGCUCGCCUGCAUCCCGCCCCGGCGAUCAACACACUCCACACUCUUGGGAACAAUUCGACCCAGCCCGGCUCGUCGUUUGCUGAUACUCUUACCAGGACGGCAACCGGGUUCAACCUGAACGCGUGCGCUCAGUUUCUCGGCCGUCGCGCUCCAGUCGGCCUCGGACACGCGCCGUCUGCUGCUGCGCGCGCGGGCUCCAGCGGAAGCGGCGGUUGGGUUCGGCCGUCUCGCGCGGAGUCUCGCGUCGUUGCUGCUGGGGGAUUGUUGCAACCGACGGGCGGGUCGAACGAGGACGACCACCAGGGCACGAGUGGAGGGAAUUCGCCUCGUGCAUCCGGUGGAAAGGCGCGGACGGGCGCCGCAUCUGCUGCGAUCACUGGAUCGAACGACGCGAAAGGCCGGUCGCAACGGUCGCAACAAUCGCCGCCGCGUCGCACGCCGUCAGUCGCAGCAUCCGCGAGUGGCGCGGCCGAAGGGGAGCGAAGCGCGGAUCGUGCUGCGUCCGGCGUCAAGAAGAGCAGCAAGGGGCGCGCGGGUCUGGUUCGCGAGACGGCCGAGGAAGGACGCGCGGAGGAGAGGCGCGACGAGGGGCGCGACGAACACGCAGCUGGGCGCAGAGGCGAGCACGCCGCAGCGGAGAUGGAAGCUGGCGCGGACUCGAACAAUCUUGGGAGGCCGCUGCUGCCGCAAGGGCGCGGGACGAAGGAGCAGCGCGGAGGGUGGCGGAAGGUUGUGGGAGGGGGAGCGCCGCGAACGUCGCUAGCGUGGCGAGGGGUGUUGCCGCAUGUGCUCGCUUCGUCAAUAAUUGCGUUCUUGUUCGGUUACCACAUGUCUGUAGUGAAUGGGCCACUAGAGUCUAUGGCAGUAGAGCUGCUGUUUGCUGACAGUGCGAUAGCAAAAGCUUCGGUGGUCAGUAUCUUUCUCCUCGGCGCGUUUCUCGGGUGCUCUGCCAGUAGCACAGUGGCCGACAGUGCCGGCAGGAAGAAGGGGUUCCAAAUCUGCAGUAUGCCCAUCCUGCUUGGGUCUAUUCUUUGCGCCAUGGCGUCGUCGCUGUCUCUGGUGGUCACGGGCCGAUUCCUGCUGGGAUUUGGGCUGGGCAUGGCUAUUCCCAUCAUGGCGCUCUACAUUCCCGAGAUCUCCCCGGCCCAGCAGAGGGGCACAUUCGGCGCCAUCCCCCAGGUCUUCACGUGCACCGGCAUUCUCACUGCCCUCCUUGCUGCCGCGCUCCUCCCUGCAUCCUCCUGGCGCCUGUGCUUCUGGAUUGCUGCGGUGCCAGCAGUGGUCUUCUGCAUGGCAUGUGAAUUCCUGGUGGAAAGCCCCAGAUGGCUGGCGCAGCACGGCAAGUGGGCCGAGGCAGCAGCGACCGUGUCUCAGCUGCUGGGUGAGGCGAAGGUCCAAGCCACCAUGGACGAUCUGCAUCACUCGUUUGGCGCUCACAGCAAGGGGCACGGGGGGUGGGAGGGUGCGGCUAAGGGGGAGAGGAAGGAGGGGAGGGGAGAGCUGGGAGGGGUGUAUGAGGUGGUAGGCGGAGGGGAGAAUGGGAAGGGGGUGGUUGUGGUGGGGAAAGGAGAGGAGGAAGCAGCAGUGGUGAAGGGGAUGGUAGGAGAGAAGGUUACUUGGGGGAGCCUCUUCUCCAAGCGGCAUGUGCGAGUCGUCACCAUCGGAGCAACUCUCUUUGCCCUUCAACAGCUUAGUGGCAUCAAUGCCAUCUUCUUCUUCUCCUCUCAUCUCUUCAAGUCGGCCGGGAUUCAGUCUGGCGCCAUGGCCAGCGUUGCCAUGGGCACACUCAACCUAGUUGCCUCUCUGGUAUGCUCUGCUCUCAUAGACCGUGUGGGGAGGAAGGCCCUCAUCACAGGCAGCUUCGUGGGCAUGGGCCUGUGCAUGGCCGUGCAGGCAGCAGUGCAGGCAGUACCGUGGAUGGCGCCCAUGGCACCACUUGUCACCCUCGCUGCCACACUCGUCUACGUGGCGUGUUUCACCAUGGGGGCGGGGCCUGUCCCUGGAUUGAUGCUGCCUGAGAUGCUGCCCAACCACAUCCGAGCCAAGGGCAUGGCGUUUGCCAUGUGUGUGCACUGGGUGUUCAACUUCAUGGUCGGUUUCUCCUUCCUCCCUCUCAUGGUCCGCUUCGGCCCCGUCACGCUUUUCUCAUUCUUCGCCUGCAUAUGCUUCGCCGGUGCACUCUUCACCAGCACGUCUCUUGUCGAAACAGCGGGUCGCUCUCUAGAGGAGAUAGAGGAGCAGCUGCUGCCGCCAGCUUGAGUUGAGUUGAGUCAACGGUUCAUUUCAGGGCAUUCAACCCGGGGCAGCACAGCAGCGUUUAAAUUCAAGGCGUCUGCUCUGCAGGCUGCGGUGGACUAGUCUUGAGGCAUCUGUAGCUACUAUUCAACCUGGGGCAGCUACAGCCUUGAGAUUCAAGGCGUCCGCAAGCUGGGCCUAUAUGGAGCAUCUGCCUCAAAUGCAUCCCCCCAACAUUUCCCUCACUGGAAAAGAGCCAAUAGUUUUCUUUGGCAUUUGCUUCUCCUUGUCUACCUAGCACCCUCGUUGUCUUCCCCUGUCCAUCGAUCGUAUACUGUAGAGCUGUGUACCUCCUUCGGGGGCACAAGCCUAGGAGGAGGCACGUUUGUACAAAAGCGCAUGAGAUGUUCUGUGUGUAUGCUUGUACAGAAAGUGUAAUGCUGCAAUGUAU